AUGUCGAAGAUUGAGAAGGUCUCGGGGGUGCCUACGGACGACGAUGUUGUCGCUACAUCGUUCACCAACGAAGACGGUACACCCGCCGUCAUCUCUGAAGCCGGAGGCGGAGACGAGAGCAAGAUCAAGGUCUUGAUGGGUCUGCUAAGAAAGCUUGUGGGCGUCAAGGACGUGGCCAACAUGCGUCUGUCUCUACCGGCUUCUUUGCUUGAGCCUAUACCCAACCUCGAGUACUGGCAAUACGCCGACCGAGCCGACAUCUUUGCUGCUAUCGGUGAUUCGCAUGAUGAGCUGGAGCGAAUGCUAGCUGUCCUACGCUUCAGCUUCUCGAAAGAGCUCAAAUUCGUCCGAGCCAGACUAGGGAAGCCGUACAACUCCGCACUCGGGGAACACUUCCGCUGUUCAUGGCGACUACCCCCACUUCUUAUUGACAAGCAGACUACGCUGCCAGUAGUCAGGACGCACAUUCACGUUCCACUACCCGGCGAGCCGGCGUAUGGUGGACAGGGAGGAAGCGGGUGGACGACGCCGGUAUUGCGCCCGGAGCAAGGGGGCUUACCGCCAAGCGAGACUAGCUCGCUACUGUCUACCUCGUCUAAGAACUCGAAGCGUCAGCCAUCUUCGGUUCCACCUUCAUUGCGGAAAUCAGGAAGCAAGGAGCACGUCUUCGAUAUGUCGGCUUUGAACCGAGCCAUCCCGGGUCCAGGCGACGAGAUAGAGUCCGAUCCCGAUGCGGGUGUCAAGGACAGCGAGAAAGUUUCGGUCGUCUUCUUGUGCGAGCAGAUCUCUCACCAUCCUCCCGUCUCGGCGGCGUACUAUGGUUGCCCGGAGAGGGGUAUCGAGGCCGUCGGAAUGGAUCAAAUCGUGGCUAAGGUGUCAGGGAUGUCGGUCAAAGUCGGUCCAGGACCCAUGAAUCAGGGGAUCUUCGUCAAGAUCAAGCGAGAGGGGCCUGGUCAAGGCGAGGAAUACCGCAUAACACACCCGCAAGCUUGCGUGAACGGUAUUCUCAAGGGAUCAUACUACGGCACCAUCAGCGAUCAGAUCAGCGUCACCUGCGCUGGCGGGAGUAGCGGGAAGACUAAGCUUAGGGCAUUGCUGGAUUACAAAGAUGAGUCCUGGAUCGGCAAACCCCGUUUCCUUCUCGAUGGUGUUAUCUAUCGCUACGAUGUCGACGACGAGGAGCAGCUUUCGUGGACCCGAGCCAAGCAGGUGCCCAAGGACAGGGUUGUCGCCGAGAUCGAGGGGCAGUGGAUGAAGACUGUCAAGUACAGAUUAAAAGGAGAGAAGGAAUGGAAAGUCCUCCUCGAUCUCGAUCUCCUUGCUCUCAUACCUAAAUCAGUCCGUCCGAUGGAGGAGCAAGAAGAGCAGGAAUCCCGCAAGCUCUGGGACCCGGUCACUCAGCAGCUCCUCGGAAAGAACUGGAGUCAAGCAACGAAUGAGAAACUGGUCAUUGAACAACGACAGCGGGAUCUUUCGGCUAAGCGGAAAGCUGCUAAAGACGAGUUCAAGCCACGCUUUUUCAACCCGGACUUUGAGACUGGCCGACCUACACUAUCGGAGGAGGGUCUCAAAGCGGUCAAGGAUGAGCUGGCGCGGACUCGGCCUCAAUAA